CAGUGAGUCUUUCUCUUUUUGUCAGAGGAGUUUCUCCUGCUCCAUACAGCACUCCAGUCCAGGACAUCUUCACUCAGCAGACGAUGCUCUUCAGAUGUCCUGUGCUCCUGCUCUUAGCUGCCCUCAUGUGGACCCAAGUUCCUCUCAGCAGCACAGGCAGGAUCCUGGUGUACCCAGUGGACGGCAGCCACUGGCUUAACAUGAAUAUUGUGCUGAAGGAGCUCCACCAACGAGGUCACGAGCUGACUGUGGUCCGUUCUUCUACCAGUUGGUAUAUCCCUGAGAAAACUGCUCACUACACUUCCCUCACCGUACCGACCACCCACGCUAGCCACCUGGAGAACCCAGAGUUCAUGGCGUCCUUCCUGAAGAGGAACAUUGACAUACGAAGAGGCGAAGGCUCCAUUCUGUCCUUCAUCGCUCUCCAGCAAGAGACCAUUAAUCUGUUGGAGGAAGCUCACAGGGCAAGUGCUGAAAUGGUGAGGACCAUCUUGGAGGACAAAAGACUUGUGAAGAAACUCAGAGACACCAACUACGAAUUGCUUCUGACCGAUCCUGGCUUCGGAGGUGGGGUCGUGUUGGGCGCAUACUUGGGUCUACCAAUCGCGUUGAACGUCCGUUGGAUAACGAACGGAGAGGGGCACUUUGCAAUCGCACCAUCCCCACUUUCUUACAUCCCAACGAUUGGAUCCGAAGUCACUGACAAAAUGACCUUCAAGAACAGACUCAAGAACCUCUUACACUACGGGAUCGGUCAGUACAUUGACCACAUCACCACCAGGCCACUUUACCAGGGUGUGAUCAGCGAGUUUAUAGGUCCAGAUGACAGUAUCUACUCCCUCAUCCAGGGGGCUGACCUGUGGCUCAUGCGAGUCGACUUUGUGUUCGAGUUCCCUCGUCCUACGAUGCCAAACGUGGUCUACAUGGGAGGGUUCCAGUGCAAGCCUUCCAAGCCUUUGCCUGCUGACCUGGAGGAGUUUGUGCAGAGUUCAGGGGAACAUGGCGUGGUGGUCAUGUCUCUUGGCACACUUCUUGGAAGCCUUGGACCAGAGAUAUCCGAAAUUAUUGCUUCUGCUUUCGCUCGAUUACCGCAGAAGGUAGUGUGGAGAAACCUGGGGCCAAAGCCAUCCACGGCUGGCAACAACACGCUAAUAUUAGAAUGGCUACCCCAGAACGACCUUCUGGGUCAUCCAAAAACCAAAGCUUUCAUCACACACGGGGGCACCAAUGGUAUCUACGAGGCCAUCUACCAUGGCGUCCCAGUCCUAGGGAUACCACUAAUCUUUGACCAGUUUGACAACAUGGUACGUCUGCAGGCCAGAGGAGUUGCUGAAGUGUUGGAGGUUACAGCCUUGGACGUGGAGACCCUAACACAAGCCCUGAAGGACAUCUUGGACGAGAAGAAACCCUACAGGGAGAACAUGCGUAGGAUGUCACAGCUGCAUCAUGAUACGCCACUCAAACCAAUGGACACUGCCAUCUUCUGGUUGGAGUACGUCAUGAGGCAUAAAGGUGCAGCACACUUGCGUACCGAGUCCUACAAGUUACCCUGGUACAAGUACCACAAUGUGGACGUGUUGGCUUUGCUGCUGGGGGUUGUUAUGGUCUUGGGUCUGCUCUUUAGCAUGACCUGCAGGGUUCUGAUCAGUCUCCUGAAAAGAAAGGUGAAAGUCAAACAGCAAUAAUAAGGAACAUCUCAUGAUUAUAAUUACAGGACAUCAUGUUGUCAUUACAGUGUUAUGACACACCUUUCAUCAUUUCCAUGACGAUAAGGCUGGGACUAGAUGAUAUUUCUCUCGACUGUGGAUUAUUUUGAUUGUAAU